UUCUCAGCCAAGCGGCACAGGAUCUUGUCUAUCAUGGCUGCCAACGGAGAAAUGAAGGAAGUAGGCUAUGCUGUCGAGUUGAAGGAUGCUUUCAAGAGCUAUGGGAGUCUGGAUGUGCUCAAGGGCCUCGACAUGAGCGUGCCUUAUGGAUCAAUUUACGGUUUGCUUGGAUCUAGUGGGUGUGGCAAAACCACCCUCCUCCGCUGCAUUCUGGGACGACUUAACCUUGUCAUGGGGGAAGUGCGGGUGUUGGGGCGUGUCCCUGGGACGUGGGGACAUCAUAUACCAGGCAGAGACGUCGGGUACAUGCCACAGGAGAUGGCCUUGUAUGGAGACUUCACUACCUAUGAGACCAUGUCCUACUUCGGCAUCCUCCACGGGAUGAGCAGGCAGAGGGUAAAACAAAGACGCAAGUUCCUCUUAGAGCUGCUCGAACUACACUCUAAGAGCAGGACAGUCAGGACAUUAAGUGGGGGUCAGAAGAGGAGGUUUUCAUUUGCCAUUGCUAUGUUACAGGAACCUCCCCUGCUGAUUCUGGACGAGCCGACCGUGGGUGUUGAUCCCCUCCUCAGGGCAAAGAUAUGGCAUCAUAUGAUGGAGCUGACCUCUUCAGGUCUGACCACCAUCAUCAUCACUACACACUACAUUGAGGAGGCAAAGCAGGCACACCAGGUUGGCCUCAUGAGGGACGGCAAAUUAUUGGCCGAGGCUCCACCUUCCCAGCUCAUUCAGACAUACAACAUGAAUACUCUGGAGGAGGUGUUUCUCUUGCUCUGUAAAAAACAGGACGUCCAGAGUGCUAACACUAUGGCUGUUUCUGUGAAUGGCACUGGGGAGAGUUUGGUAGCGUACGACUCUGGUCCUGAUGAGAAGACUCCCCUCGUUGCCACUCGAACGUCUUCAUUCUCUGAGGACAACGAACCGGUUGAUCAGGUGACCUGCCUCGACUCACUAAAGAAGUCAGCUAGGGGAGUGGUCACUUCUCUGAAGACCUCUUGUAGGUGUAAGUUUAACCCCUCCGAUUUUAUUCCUCGGCCAAGAAACAUCGUUGCCCUCUGUUGGAAGAACCUGAUGAAAAUCAUGCGAAACCCCGGCCUACUCCUCUUCCAGUUUCUACUCCCCACAUUACAGAUUGCCCUUUUCUGUUUCGCCAUCGGCAACAAUUUGGAGGGCAUUAAGACAGCUUACCUGAACCUUGACACCGGUCUCAAUGGCUCUGGCCUUCCUGUUCCCACGGAUUUUCACCUCUACAAUAUCUGUAGCAACACGGACGAUGGUGGUGGCCUGGUCGGUGUCGAAACGCUGGGACAACUGUACAUCAACAAGUUGAAAGAAGAUCCAACAUUUGAACUGAUUGAGGUUGAUGGUACUGAGGAGGAUGCGGUUGCCAUGGUAGAGCAAGGCGAUGCAUGGGCUGCGGUCAUUAUCUAUGAAAACUUCACCUGGAAUCAGGUGGUUCGAAUGUGCUCCAUUGCCUCUGAGCAGUGCAAGGACUACCCGUUAAUACCCCCACCCAAUGAAGACACCAUCAACCAGUCCACUAUUCACCUCAAAGCUGACGUCACUAAUGCUCAGAUCACAAUAACCAUUCAGAACCAGACGCUGCAAGCGUAUGAGCUGUUUCUGACGCAGAUCAUCGACUCUUGUGCCAAUGUGUUACACAUCAACGACUCGCUGUUCUCGGCUCCCAUCAAUAUUGACCUUCCACCUGUGUAUGGGGAAAAAGACCUCUCUUUCAUUGACUACAUGGGCCCAGGAGUUAUCUCCAGUCUGACAUUUGGUAUCUCUAUUGCUCUGAGUGCAGUGGUGUUGAUAGUGGAACGUAACGAGGGACUCAUUGAUAGAACGUGGGUGGCUGGCGUCAAUGUCCCUGAGAUUAUCCUCUCUCAAGUCAUCACUCAGUUCUUUAUCCUGCUCGUACAGAUCACACUGCUCGUUACCGUGGUCAUAUUCGGAUUCAAGAUAUACAAUCGAUAUCUCUACAAUAUCUGGUUAAUAGCUGCUCUAGCUAUGCUGCAAGGAUUGACAGGCAUGUCGUUUGGCCUUCUCCUGUCGUCCGUUUUCAGCUCUGAGACAGCUGCUCUCCAGGCGUCAGUGGCCGCCUUCUAUCCAGCAAUACUCUUGAGUGGUGUGAUGUGGCCGUUUGAGGGUAUGCCUACCUGGUUGCGUUACAUAUCAAUUGCACUGCCCGCCACCUACCCGGCGGAGGCCAUGAGAGCGAUCAUGGGAAGAGGUUGGGGACUAGCUCAUCUGCAAGUGUACAGAGGGUUCCUGGUGUCCUUUGCAUGGUGUGUGGUCUUCCUGUUCAAUGCUGGACUAGCUCUAUGGAUCAGAAAAUAAACAAGCUAUUAAUUUAUUUACUGUCUGGCUUAUUAUUAUGUAUUUUGUGUGUGCAUUAAAUUUAAUUAUGAGCACUAGCUUAAUUUUACCGUUAUAAAUCAUCAAAAUUUGA